CCGGAGCUUUUGCUCGUGCAUCCAGCAACGGCUGUAACGGACAACCAACAUGUGGACGCUGGAGAGUACCGGCGACCUUUUCGGAGGUCGGCAAAUAUGGCUUCGUCCAGGAACAAAGCAUUUGUUCGGACGGACUAAACCUCCGCAGGGUGAAGGCAGUCCUAUUGAACGCAAUCACUAUAUCGACAACAAGUCCGUUUCGCGCAAGCACAUAGUAAUCGAAGUCCAGACCGUGCACCCAGGAGCAGCUACCUCUCUUCGAUCGAGAUCGAAGAUUACAGUCACGGACACAUCCAAAGUCGGUACCAAGGUGGACGAGGACAAGUUCUCUGGAAGUUCAAGAGAGCUAUCGAAUCAUGAGCACCGUAUCCAGCUCGGUCUCUAUGAUCAGGCAUUCAUUGUCAAGUGGCAGCCCGUCGUCAUCACCUUUAUUUCCUACCCCAAGUCGCUGAAGAAUAACCCCGAUCCCUUCAAGAUCAUGCAGGAGCGACUUGAACCCCUCGAUAUCAAGAUUACCCGCGAAUAUGUUGUAGGAUCGACUACGCAUAUCGUCUCGAACAAGCGGAACAUUGCGACAGGCCUCCAGGCUCUCAUCAACGGGUCCUACAUUGUGACGGACAGUUUUGUCGACGCAGUGAUGGAAGCUGCUCAGGCUCCCGCCGAUGCAUCCGAUCCAGAUUCCGAUUUUCUACUCGACAAUGACUUCUCCAACAUGCCAAACCCAAUGAAAUACAUGCCGCCGGCCGGUAAAGAACCCAUUCCUCGACCGCCGGAGUAUUUCAAGCCCAACCCGGCACGGGCGGACAUCUUCAGCGGAUAUACGUUCAUAUUCUCGAACAGCACCCAAUUUAAGUCUCUCGGUGAAGUGGUCAAUACGGGCGGCGGAAAAGCGUUUGAGUUUGAACUAAAACCGCAAGUGUCAACCGUGCAGGACUUUAUUACGUAUGUCGCCAACAUCGCCGGCGAAAAGGGGUUGAGUAGCAUCCGCAAUUUCAAGUCCGGAAAGGGCAUUGUCAUUGUUCGAAACAAGGAUAACGAUUCCUGGACUAGUUCCUGGCAACGACAAGUUGAGGCGGAACUGAAGCAGGAAGCUCUAAAUCAGAAUGCGUUGCUUGAAAUUAUCCUAACCAUUAACCCCAGCGUUUUGAGGAAACCUCUGACCGCUGGUAUUGAGGUCCCUUCCAGCUUCCCAGCUCCUCCAAGCUCCACGCAACCAAGCCAGAGAUAUAUCUCGCAGCCGUCUGCGCAAUCCAGUCGACAAACUCAAGUCGAGUCUGAGAGUGUGGAGAUGAAAACCGAAUCACAACCGCGUCGUCGACCACCAAGGAAGCUCGUCACCCAGAGCCGCUUCACAGGGUUUGAUGAUUAUAAACCGGAGCCGCGUUCCAUGGUCCCAGAGCCAGAAGAGGACAGUCUCAUUCCGGACUCUGUACCGGACGCGGACGUGGAAUCUGAAGCCCAAUCUGUGGAUCAUAUGGAGAUUCAACCGGUAGGGACUCGAUCUCGGAAACGAAAGGCAUCCCCGGUCGAAGGAGACAAGGGAGAUCUAGUCGAUGAGCUUCUGUCCGGUACGGCCGCUAUGAAACGGCGUCGACUUGCGCAAGGCGUGGAAGGGGGUGCAAAGUCACGCACACGCGCUCAGUCGAUUUCGCGAGAAGAAAGCUCCGGCCGCACUAGCCUCUUCAAGAAGAAAAAGAAGGACGUGGAGAUCGACGUCCUCGAGUCCGCGCGAGAACGACGGGAGGCAGAGGAAGAGGUGGGUCGACUCGAUGCGGAGGCGUUACACAGUGCGAUGGAGGGGAUGGACAUCGAGGCGAUCAGAAGCUUAGUGCAAGUGGAGGAGAUGUUGAUCCAACCACGCGCGAACAAGCCAGCUCCGGCCAGCGGUGACCGGUGGGACGACCGGUGGGACGGGCGGAGGAAUUUCAAGAAGUUUCGGAAGGUGGGGGGGCAGGCUCCGAUGCGCGGAUCGAAGAUCAUCGUGCCACUGGAGGAAGUGAAACGGAAGGAAUAUGGGAUGGGGCAGGACUACUUUUUCGAGGAGAACAGCGGUGCCAGGCCACCGAUCCCAGCGGGCAGCACUUUCGAGCGGACCCAGGAUUCUCUACCCACCGGUCAACAACAGAGCAAACACCCAGCGGCAUCUCCACGUGACGGGAGCGAAGCGCCGCGCAAUGCCGCGACAGUCGAUCUGACGUUCGAAGAUGACUAUCAAGACACGAUGGAGGUGCCCGAGUCGCCGCAGACGGUGGCGUCCGAGACGCAGCGAUCGAAACGGAGCACGAAGGGUACGCAGACAUCGACGACUCAGGCGUCAACAUCAAAAGCUGCGAAGAAGAGACCAGCAGAGGCGGAGCCGCCGAGGCCGCCGCCUAUGAAGAAAGCGAGGGCGGUGGCUAGAGCGAGGAGUCCGGAUGAGAGUGAGGGUGAGGAUGACUUGCGGUUCAAAUUUCGGAAGAGGAGGUGAGCGUUAUUAUGCCCAAGAACAUGUGCAGAGCGGCUUCUCUGCAAUGGGAUAUACCGGAUGGUUCUUCACGUGUGCUGAAAUUUCUCCCCAUAACUUAUAAUAUGAACAGGGGCAACACAAUGGGUAAUCCAGGCGUGAUGAUAUAUGAAACACAUAUAUAAGCUGCUGCCUUUUAUAGCAAUCACUGC